AUUAAAUAAAAAUCCAAAUCACUUUGCAGCCAAUGAGGUUUAUACUCACUGUCUCCACUUCCUCAUUCCCAUGCUUUUAUUCCCCUUUAAUUUUAGCUUUUUUUUUUUUUUUUUUUUUCAUCAAAGUUACACAUGCACAGGAUUAAGCACAGGAACCUGGCGUGUUUGCAGAAUGCUAGUUCACACUUCCUGGGCACCUUUCUUGUGACCAGAGUUCUUAUGUCCAUUGUCCAGGAACCCCUUUGCUUGCAUCAGGCCUGGGUGAGUGGUCAGAAGGCUGCAUGAUAGUCAUGGAAUCGUCUUCAAAGAAGGAGGCUCGUCUAAGAGUUCCUCCAGGCCAUUGAGGCCCGAGCUCACCCUUCGGCUACGUGGUUGGGGCCCCUGGAUCAGAGAGUGUUACUCUCUGGUGCUUCCAGAUAAGGACUUUAGUCUUCUCUUUGGGCUUGUUUCAGACCAGCCUCAGUGAUAACAGUGGUAUCUUCUGUGCUCAUAAAUAUCAGUACCGUAUGGGGACCAUACCUAUCCGAUAGGGUUGCUGCGACGAUUAAAUAUAUUUAUACAUGUAAAGCAUUUAGCACAGUGCCUGGGACAUAGUAAGUGCUGUAUCAGCAAUUGCCAUUUUUACCGCUACUCCGGCUACAGCUUUCUUUUACCAGCACUUGAACAUGGAUUAGAUCACCAGGCUUGCUGGCUCUAUCCACUGCUGAAUUGGAACUGUCCAUUCUUUUGGGAUGACUCCUACAGCAUACACACCCAUUCCCACGCUGAAGCAGUGGUUUCGAGAGACCUUUGAUCACCUGUUUGCAAUCGCCAAUUCUGCAGAAGCUGGAGAUGCUGGUGUUCAUCUGGUAUCUGGUUGGCAGAUAUUUCAGAGCAUUCCUGCUGAAGAAGUGCCAUUCUGGGCUGAUGUGGUUCUGGGGUUUCGAAAGAUGACCAAGGCUGAACUGAAGAAAUUCCCCCAGCAUGUGUUUGGUCACGCCUUCACGACUCUGAAAUGUGAAAGCCCUGCCUACCUCCCAUGGUUGGAGAAGAGGUUAAAAGGCAGUGGGGUCCUGAUACUCACCCGACGAAUAGGAGACCUGUGGGAGCUUCAUCCAUCCUUCGACGUCGUGGUCAACUGCUCAGGCCUUGGAAGCAGACAGCUUGCACAAGCCUCGGAGAUGUUCCCCAUGCGGGGCCAAGUGCUCAACGUUCGGGCUCCCUGGGUGAAGCAUUUUAUCCGAGAUGGGAGUGGGCUGACAUAUAUUUAUCCCGGCACAUCCAAUGUAAUCUUGGGUGGAACUAGGCAACAAGGAGACUGGAAUCUGUCCCCAGAUGCAGAAAUUAGCAGAGGUAUUUUUUCCCGGUGUUGUGCUCUUGAGCCCUCCCUCCAGGGAGCCUGCGACAUAAGGGAGAAGGUAGGCUUAAGGCCCUUCAGGCCUGCAGGUGUGCGGCUGCAGACAGAGUUCCUCGCCCAGGACGGCCGGAGGCUGCCCGUGGUCCACCACUACGGCCACGGGAGCGGGGGCAUCUCCGUGCACUGGGGCACUGCUCUGGAGGCAGCCAGGCUGGUGAGUGAGUGUGUCCAAGCCCCCAGGACCCCCACUCCCAAGUCAAACCUGUAGGUGACAUGACAUGACGGCAAAUGGCCCCACACACUCUGGAUCGAAACACAAUUUAAGCACCAGAAUGGAUUCCAAUAACUUUUCCACUGCAUGAAAAGUUAAUGAGGUCUAUCUUUGUUUUCAAAAUUAGAAAUGAUGCAAUAUGAAUCAGUAGCCUGAGAUUGGUACUCAUCUGUAGAACUAGACUCAAGUCUAGUGCUAAUGACAUAGAGCAUAAAGUUCUAUUUUUGUUAAAAACACUUGUUACAGAAUAAGAUUUCUCUCAGACCUGGCGUUCAAAGAUCUGUGCUAAUUUUCAUGGAUGCUGGAAGCUGUAGGGAUGUUGAAGUUUUGGGGGCUAAUAAAUCCUCAGGAAGAGACAAUGUACGGAAAACACCUAACUCACUGUCGCAAAGCCGCCCAUGAUGUUUGUAGGUUGCACUCAAGUGAGCAUUAUAAUCCCUCUAAAUAAAACACACAGUGAUCGUGUGGCACAGGCUUAUUCCAUUUAAUGGCAGACAAAGCAUGAUUCCUGCCAGUACCCGAGGCAGCCUCUUCCACCCCUCAGCUGGUCAUGAUGCUUAGAAGACAGGGAUCAAGUUACCUAUGGACAUGGCAUCAACCCAACGGCUGCCUGGGGUCAGUCACCUAAGGGUCUUACUCUCCAUUACCACAAAUGAUGGAGCACUAGCUUGUUGUGUGGUUGACUUUGCCUAAGCGUUUUUGAAGACUGAAUAGCAGGUGCAGCCAGAGAGCUAAUUAGCUGAUUAGGAUGGAACAAUCAUUCUGAAUGAAAUAUAUCCAAAGAGUUUUCCGCAGGUUGUUAAAAAAAAAAAA